GGCCAGGCACAAGACAACGGAGAUCUUAUAGGCAAAGCAGUACAGUGAAAGCUAUGUAUCAUUUUAGUUUUUACUUGACUGCUAGAUUAACUUUCAACAGGGAUGAGACGAAAGUUCGAAACCUACUCCAUUAUGUUUCAAAUUCCAUCAAAUAUCACACCGACGGCAGGCCGACAGAGAUGACUGAAAGCUCCGCGAACAAACUGCUGAACGGAGACGCCUGUCGUCGGACUUCAAGCGGUCAAAAAGCAAGCAAAAAUGGCUUCGUGAAGAACCACUGCUUGUUUCAACAGCCGCAGAAGUAUCGUCGCCCCGGGGAGAAGAACCAACAUGGCACACACAACUCGAGCCUGUACAAGAGGCCCUUUGUGGAAUCGUUUGAGCAGACUCCUCUACUAGUGGCUGUGCUUACCUACGUGGGCUAUGGCAUCCUCACCAUCUUUGGCUACCUCCGGGACUUUCUCCGCCACUGGAACAUCGGGAAAUGCACAAUGGCACGAGAGCGAGAAGAGCAGAAGGACUUUGUCCCACUCUAUCAAGACUUUGAGAACUUUUACACCAGGAACCUAUACAUGAGGAUCCGAGACAAUUGGAACCGACCCAUCUGUAGUGUUCCUGGGGCAAAGAUGGACCUGGUGGAGCGAGUUUCGCCUGAUUACAACUGGACCUUCCAGCACACGGGCAAAGUGGUGAAGGGUGUCAUCAACAUGGGCUCGUACAAUUACCUCGGCUUUGCUGAGAACACUGGGGCUUGUGCAGACUCUGCCAUUGAGGUAACACAGAAGUAUGGCGUGGGAGUUGGCAGUACCCGCUGUGAAUUAGGGAAUCUUGACAUCCAUGAGGAGUUGGAACAUUUGAUUGCCCGGUUUCUUGGUGUAGAAUCAGCCAUGGCUUUUGGUAUGGGCUUCGCUACUAAUUCCAUGAACAUUCCUGCUCUCACUGGGAAGGGGUGUCUCAUCCUAAGUGAUGAGCUGAAUCAUGCGUCACUUGUGUUGGGUGCCCGUCUGUCCGGCUCAACAAUUCGUGUCUUCAAACACAACAACAUGCAAAGCCUAGAGAAACUCCUGCGAGAUGCCAUUGUACAUGGACAGCCAAGGACCCAUCGACCCUGGAGAAAAAUACUCAUUUUAGUAGAGGGCAUUUACAGCAUGGAGGGUUCUAUUGUGCGUUUGCCAGAGGUCAUUGCCCUAAAGAAGCGCUACAAGGCAUACGUAUACCUGGAUGAGGCCCAUAGUAUUGGUGCCUUGGGGCCUAACGGCAAGGGAGUGGUGGACUACUUUGGUCUAGAUCCCACGGAUGUGGACGUCAUGAUGGGAACAUUCACAAAAAGUUUUGGUGGAGCUGGGGGUUACAUCGGAGGCAAAAAGGAGCUGAUUGAAUACCUGCGACAACACUCUCACAGUGCCAUGUAUGCCACCUCAAUGCCUCCACCCGUGGCCCAACAAAUCAUCACCUCAAUGAAAAUCAUUAUGGGAGAGGACGGGACCACACUGGGUGCAGACCGCCUCCGCCAGCUAUCCGAGAACACAACCUACUUCCGCAGGAAACUUUGUGAGAUGGGCGUCAUCAUCUAUGGCAACAGUGACUCACCUGUCGUACCCGUGAUGCUCUACAUGCCUGCCAAAAUUGGGGCAUUUGGCCGUGAGAUGCUCAAGCGGAACAUCGGCACGGUGGUCGUUGGCUUCCCGGCAACUCCCAUCAUCGAAUCUCGAGCACGUUUUUGCAUUUCGGCUGCUCACACCAGGGAAAUGCUAGACACAGUAUUGGAGGCCAUGAAUGAAGUGGGCGACUUGCUGCAGCUGAAGUACUCCAGGCGUAGACAGUCUCCUCCUAAUAUCAGGUGGACAUCUGAGCAAAGCCAGCUUCAGGACUAAGCCUCACAUACACACAUCCUCCUGCUCCCUGUGUGUUUAGAUACAUUCACACAAACACAAUCUGAUAACGCUCUCUUGGCCUUCCACUUUUGUGUUUUGCACCACUUCUCUGUACCUCUUCUUACCGCUCUUCAAACAUCAGUGAACUCACCAGUAUACAUGAUGCUGUUCAAAUGCCAGGUUUUUUUUUUUGUAAUUAGACCAAGGAACAUUUCAACAUAUUUUCCACCAUUAUUUGUGAUCCGUUACCUAGUGUUGUGCUCAAGACUACACUAUACGAGACCGCGACCAUAAAAAUCUCUUUUGAUUCUAUUUUAAGUUGUUAAAGGUGCAGUCAUACAUACAGUGAUCCAGUGUUGUUUUUGGCAGCUCUUUUAAUUUUCGUCUUGGUCUUUUGGAUGAUAGUACUUAUCUUGUUAUAUAUUAGUCAUCUCGAAAUGUGUUUGUCUUCGUCUAGUUUUUGUUGACGAAAACUCGACCAAUUUUGACUAGUUUUCGUCUGUAAAAUGAAAAAAAAAAAAAAAUCUUCCAAAAAUAAUUAAAUAAAGGUUCCAAACUAUUUCGAAUGAACAUUGACAUACAAGCACAUAUUGUAGCGCCAACGCCAACUUGGUUAUAACACACACUCAGCAGGGAAACAAUACAUCAUUUUCAAUUUUAUCCAUUUGAAUGCCACGAACUGUAUGUAAAAAAAGUUGUCCGAGUUUAAGAGAAUUAGCCUAAUGCUUGCGCAAAUGCAAUGCUAAUGCUACGAGUUACAUUUAGGGGCAGUUUACAUGGCAACUCUGCGAUACGAAGACGCAAUGACUGUGUUGCGGAGUGGCCUUGCGUUCGUAUGGUAUCGGCGAAGACAGAAGGCAAAGACGCAAACCUUGGAAUCCUGCCUCCAAAGUGGAAGAAUUCGAUUGCGGGGGCUUGAGGGGGGGGCUUGCUCUGCAUGCAUAUCAAAAGCUCACGUGGCACGGGACCACGCCGAUAACGUCAGCACUCGUACACGUCACAUUGGGCGUGCGCAGAGGUGGUACUAAACAUUAAAAACAGCAAAUAUGGCGGAACUUCGGCUUUAAUUUACUGUUUUUAUAAUAUUUUUGAUUUAAAUAGGUUAAAUGUUUCCAUUUUUGUGCCUUUUUUAACAAAAGAAAAUGCCAUUGCUUGGAGUGGGCGGGCAUGUUGUCUUCGGGGCUGAGGAGUUCAAAGUGCAUCAUUCGCUGUCACCUUGUAAAUCUGCACUGCCCCCUAGGGCCUGACAUGAAUACUACAUUGUUUUCAUGCGGAAUUGCUACAUUGUUCGAAUGGAGACGAAACCAUAUAAAUGUAAACGGCCCCUUAGAGUGUCAUUAUCACUCAGCUGACACACCUUUUUAAGGCUAAAGCAAUAUUGCAUGUUCUCGCUUGCCAAGAUAAGAAAAUAAAUCUUACCGUGUGUGUCUCAAAACAAGCAAUGGGUAGACUGGAGGGGACACUGGCACUUUAAAUGAGUGACACAACCAGACACUGCUACAAUGCAGGCUAAUUACACAUAAAAUGUCACAGUUUUCAUAUUGCUCUCGUCUUGUCAGACAAAAACUGGCAUUAGUUUCGUUAUGUUGUAGUCUCCCAAAAUACGUUCGUUAUCGUCUCAACACCGUCAUGAAAAAAUUGUUCGUUGACGAAAUGUUUUCGUUAUAGUCAUCGUUGACGAAAACAACACUGCAGUGAUCCCUCGUUUUUUGUGCAAAACCACAAAGUAGCGCCAAAAAAAAAAAAGAUUAAAAAAAAAAAAAAAAAAUUAUGUGUGUGUGUGUGCUCAAUGUAUUUGUUCAGAUUUAGCAAUGGAAAGAGAUGCAUAGCUAAAGACAUGUUUUUUUCCCAAAAGUAUCAUUUUUAAAAAAAUGUAUCACAUAUAAGUUUUAAACAUCUUACUGUCCCACCAAAUUAUUUUUAAACAAGAAUAAAGUAGAAAAAUGCUUGUCUUUAUUAAAUGCUUCAUUGCGUGCGUCCACUCAAAUCUUCUUGAGCUGCUUACUUAGACACACCAACUAUUUACCUAGCUAAACGAUGAUUGAUGCAUACUGUGUUUUGAAGUUUUGGCUUCCAAGCAUCACUGGCAAGAUCAAACCUUAACGUCUGUCAAUCAUCAUUAACUUUAAUAAAUAACUCCAGUGCAUUGCCUGACCAAGAAAAGCAGCAGAAGGUAGAGUGAGACUACGUGACCAGAUCCGGACAGCUCUUCUGUAUUUACUUUUUAAUUGAAAUAAAAUCCGCAAUGGACUGAGGGCUAAGUUUGAAGUGCAAAGUAGCGAGGGAUCACUGUACUGUAUGUCAGUAACCCAAAUUGAGCUAGUUAGUUGUUUUGCUUAAAAUCACAUUGGCUGCCAUUGAUGGUGAUCUUACAUUGACCACACAGUAAUUUUGCCGUAUUGCCACUUACAACACCUCCCAGUCAAAAUGGCUUCGACACCUGUAGCCUUCCAUGGCACUAAAACAUGAUUAUUCAAUAACAGCCAUCCCAGUUCAAAUGGAUUUGAUGUCUAUCGCUGUCAAUAGAAGUGAAUGAAUCAAAAGAAAAAUUUCGACUACAUCAGGACUCAAGACUUUUGGGAGCCGAGACCGAGACCAGACCCUCAAAAUGUGGCAUUCAGUUCAGACCAAACCAGACAACAUUCUGACCUGUUGAAUUAAAAGACAAUAUUGCUGCCUGCCUAUUUAAUGGAUUUGUAAAAUUAGUAAAACAUUUUAAGGAUUUUUUAACAUGAUUUCAUUUUUUUUUUAUCUCCCAAAACCUGGAAUUUGUACUGGCAUAUGUAGGCUUUAUACCUCCACUGUAUUUCUGAAGACUUUCAAAUCUUUCAACCAAUAGAAAAACCAACAUCAUGUACAUUUACUGUGUCUGUGACUGCAUUAGGAAACACUUUUAUUCCCUUGAGCACCCUGAAUGUGUAUGUUGUUUGUGCAAUUGUAACUACAAUGGAUUUCUUUGAGAUUUUGGACUCAAAGUAUUCCAUUUGACAUUACUUGUGCACUUAAGUCUUAAAUAUCAUUGUAGCAGUUGCUAUGAUAAACACAACAGCAAAUUGUGAUGUAUGUAAAUAACAUUUUUCACAAAGUCACUCAUGCUUUUGGAGCCCGUAAAGGGACAUCGACAGAAAUAAAAUAAAUUUAAACUAUCUGGUGCGCACCAGAUAGUAUGUGGUGUGCACUAGAAACAAAGUCACUCAUGCUUUUGGAGCCCGUAAAGGGACAUCGACAGAAAUAAAAUAAAUUUAAACUAUCUGGUGCGCACCAGAUAGUAUGUGGUGUACACUAGAAACAAUCUGGUAAACAUUAGCAUUAUAUAGCAUAUAAGCUAGCAGACUUUAUUAUGCAAGUUAGCCAGUUUUUCUUUUGUUGUAUUUUUAGUGCUGCAAAGAUUAUUCGAGUAACUCGAGUAAUUCGAUUAGAAAAAAGCUUCGAAUCAAAUUUUGCUGCUUCGAGUAUUCGUUUAAUUAGAGUGACUUUGUAAUGGUUUGUUUUGAAUGUGUUUGAAUUUAGUUUGAUUGAUUUAGGUGGAUACAUUGCCUUCUAGUGGCAACAGUGGAUAUAACAUAACUCAUUUAAAAUGGCUGAAUCCAGCUGCUCCCUGUUAAGACCAACACACGGUAAGGUUUUUAUAUUUGUUUUUUAUGUAGUCGUAAUUCAUUUUUUGUGGGAAUACUGGACUGUCUCAGAAAAUUAGAAUACACAAUAUUCUAAUUUUUUGAGACAGUCCUGUGUAUAUAUACAACUGUCUCAGAAAAUUAGAAUACACAAUAUUCUAAUUUUUUGAGACAGUCCUGUGUAUAUAUACAGGACUGUCUCAGGAAAUUAGAAUAUUGUGUAUUCUAAUUUCCUGAGACAGUCCAGUAUGUGUCUGAACGAUUUGUUAAGAGCGAUGUUUUUUAAAAAAAAAUAUUCGCGUUUUAUAGCACUUAAACUAGCCUUUUUCAGUGCAAGUUAGCCGAUUUUUGUUUUGCUUUAAUUAGAUCCUCAUUUAUCUAUUUUUAUACCAUUAGAGGCUAUGCUCAGGUUUUGUUUUGUUUUUUUUUUCAUUCUGCAUAGUUUGAAGAAACACUCCGGAAUUUUCUAUUCGCAUUUAAUGCUCUUUUGAAAGUGCAAUCUUAGCAAGAUUUUUUACAUCUCCUAAAAUUGAUGCUGCAACGCAUUAAAUGUCCCUAACCCGAUUACUCGAUUGUUCGAACUAACCAGUUGAUCGAUUAAUCGACUUCUAAAAUAAUCGAUCACUGCAGCCUUAUUUAUUUUUUCAUAUCGUUUUAGGCUAAGCGCAAGUCAACUAAAUCCUGUAUUAUUUUUAGCGCGCUGAAAAUGCUAGUGUCCGAUUUGCGCCUGAUCUUAGCUUUAAACCAUAUAAAAAAAUAAAUAAAUGAGGAUCUUACAAAAGAACAAUUUGGCGAACUUUCAUAGCAAAAAGUCCGCUAGCUUAAAUGCUAUACAAUGCUAAUGUUUAUCAGAUUGUUUGUAGUGCGCACCACAUAUUAUUUGGUGCACACCAGAUGGUUUAAAUUUAUUUUAUUUCUGUCGAUGUCCCUUUAGGAGCUCCGUACAUGCUGCCUAAGGUAUCCAAACAACAGAUAUCAGAAAAGCAUGUUUUCCUAUAUUCUAUAUAUCAUCACAUGCCUCACCUGCAAAAAUCACUUGAACUUGAACAGAGUUUAGAAUAUUAGCUUCUUUCCCUGACCAAAGCAAACCUAUCUAUAUAUACAUAUAUAAAGAUUUAUAUUUUGUACCUUGCUCUUCAAAUGUAAAGCAAAUGUUGCAAUAGAAAACAUAUCCCGGGAAGAAAGACUACAGAAUAUUUUUUACAGCUUCUUUUCUAGAGCUAUUUUUAGCCUAAUUUACUGUUUACACCUGCUCUCAGAAAUGUCAGUCGAUUGUUUUCUCGUGUCUCAUUUUCCUCGAGCUUCCUAUCAUUUGUCGUCUUCGAAAUUUGACACGGUCGCAUGUACAUUUGAACUGUACGUAUGACGAUACUGCGCUCACGCUUAUCUGAUGUACAGCUUUAUUUAUUUGAAGCAUCUGUCUUGUCUUUCAGCCGUCUGUUUUAUGUGAGAAAUGUAACUGUUAUCUGAAAGGCAGCUUCACAUGUAUCCCCAUGGGUGUGCAUAUUUUAAAUAAUUGUUUGACUUCAGUGCUAGCACUACUGACAGGCAUCGAAAAUGCACAGAUGAUGUAGUCACGGAAAUAUGCAGGAGUUCUACUUGGCGUGUCAGAUGUUGUUUUUUCAUAACUCGCAUUGUUUUUCAGAAUGGCAUUCCAAUUCGAUCCGCCUUCACCACGCUGUUAAAAUUGAAAUGUCUCGUUGUUGCAUCACACUUAAUUGGGGCAUCCCCAAACAUUGUGUUUUAUACAGACAUGGAUUUAUUGAUGGUAAUUAAUAUCCAGUAAUGCCAGCGUGACAAUUCUGGUCACAGCCAUCAUGCUGAUCUGAACAGGUUUACAUCUUUUUUUGUAUCACAUCAAUGCAUCAUUUAGUUGGUUUUUUUUUUACUACAUCAACUGGAAAACUCUUGUGUUGUAUGUCAGUCAUUUGUCAACAAAAUGGCAGUGAUGCAUCAGUCCAUGUACCUGUGGUGUGGCCGUAACCUGCAUGUUGCUGCAGUUGUAAAGUGUGCUCCAGCCUCCAACAUACUGUGUGUUAAAGUGAAAAAUGUCCCGUUUGAUAUUUAGGGGAGGAAAAUGCAUUCGCAAACUGUCUAUUCCCCCCACCCCCCACCCCCCAAAAAAAGAGAGAGAGACAACUGCUUCCACCUCUUAAUCAUGUGUUUUUACAACAACCCCACCUGAACUGACCUUCAGAGAUUAAUGAGAUUUAUCUGUUACUUAUCCCACUGGAAUUGUAGUUGAUUUGAAUUUCAAACCAUUCUGAGCAGAUUGUAAAGAUAUUGUUUAUUGAUCACACUGUUCUAAACAGAUUAAAUGACUUUCUUUGUUGUUUUGGACUCAAUUUUGUGAUCACGUAUCAAAUACUCUGAAUACUACACAGAGGUGGGUAGAGUAGCCAAACAUUUGACCCAAGUAAGAGUAGUGUUACUUCAAAAUAAUUUUACAAAAGUAAAAGUAGUCAUCCAAAAAAUGUACUCAAGUACAAGUAUUUGGUGGAAAGAAUACUCAAGUAAUGAGUGAACUAUGAACUGUUAUUAUACUGUACUAUAACCUAUUACAUAACCACAUUAAGCCAAAGAAAUACCCCAAAAAAAUCAUUGAAUUCAGGCAAGAGAAAAAAAUUACAUAACUGAAGCAUCAUUCGUCCAAAGGGCAUGACUUCCCUCAAGUGGAGAAAACAUUUCUUGUUAUGAAAUUAAAAAGAUCAUUUUUCGUUGGUCAAUCGGUGUCAAAUAAAAACUGGGGGAGAGUUUAAAAUUCAGGCUUUCGAGUCAUGUUGAUGGCAGCACUCUAUGUCAAAUGCUUAAUUGACACGGGAUUGAUUUUUUUUUUUUUUUUUUUUUUUGCGGUGCUUUAAAGACACCACUUGAUUGAACCGGUCGGAGUGAUCAUGGAACUGCAAGCUUGAGUCUGAUUGAUGUAACGGAGUCGUGAUUAUUGUUGCGACGUCUCUUUGGUGAAACUGGUAUAGCCGUUGUUGGCAUCAUCUCUGGCAAAAAAGAAAAAUCUAAUAUGUAGAAUAGAGAGGAAAAUAUAACUGUUGAAGCCCAAAGUAACGGAAUAAGAGUAGCGUUUCUUCUUCACAAAUCUACUCAAGUAAAAGUAUACCUUACUGAAACUACUCUUAAGCCCCUUUCACACCCUCCAAAACAACGGGAAUAUCGUGGGAUUUAACCGUGCAGCAGUUGUAUGUGAAAACAAUUUCCCGGGUCAACGGACACGGAGAUUAUGCGUACAUUUCACGGGUCGCUCUUAGUAUCAUGGCCGGGACUUUCCCGGGAAACGGUGUACGUGAAAGCAGGCGUUAAAUUCCCGGGUCACAGCACGAUGGCUGAUGACUUGAAUAUCAUGGCGAGCCGAUCGUCACUUCCUCUACUACUCUACUUUAGCUACUGCGGAAACAAGGUUGUUUGAUACUACCACCAAGAUCUGGACCUGUGUCGGUUCCACCCGGGCCCGUACCCGAGGCUUCUGUGCACACAAUGGCCGCCUUCCUACUCUGCGGGGCCUGAGGCAAGGGGGGAAAGCGAGCCGAUGACGGAGGGAUGCGUUCAAUGGUUUAUUAAAAACAAAAAUACACGCGAUCGCUGCUCACAAGGGGAAUUACACAAUGCGUCCGUGACAGUAGAACCGAGGAAGAGAGUCUGUCUUUGGAAAUGUGUGGUUUGUUUCCGAUGUUAGGGUCCGCCAAUGCGGAACAAGAUUGUACUUAAAAGCAGAAAACGACGGAGGGAAGCGUUCAAUGGUUUAUUAAAUACUAUUAUACUGAAAGGGGGGGCACAAAGGGUCCAUGACCGUUGGUCGACGGGAUCAAUAAAAUACUAACCUAAGCGGCAGGCAGAGAGCCGAUAAGACAACAAAACAAAGCCAGCGGGAUUCUUCCUUCACAAUCCAGCGAGAGUCUUCCUUCUUCUUCUUCUCUUGGUUCGCCUGGGCUUAAAUACAGUCUUGAUGAGCUUGAACUGGCUGCAGUUACAACAUCGGGAACGCUCCUUCCAGAACAAAACACGAUUUGACCAAUAAUGUGAAAGCCGAUGCCGACCAAAAAUAACGUCCGGGUUAUAAAAUUGCGCCAGCAGCCCUCCCCGCAAAGCAAGCGUCAGUGGGCAACACGGGACAAGUGUAUGAAAGUGUCCAAUCCGCGUCAUUCUUGGGACAUCUCUACAUGCGUGAAAGCAAUGACGCGAGUAAAUCCCUGUGUCACCUUUAGAAGUACAGUUUUCUCAAAAAGUCACUCAAGUAAUGUAACGCGUUACCACCCACCUCUGAUACUAAAUACCGCAUGUUUGAAAACGGACCAAUUCUCUGUGUUUUUAGAUGCAUUUUACACAAUGGGAAAUGUGUAUCGACAAUUCAGCCACACAGGUAAAUUGGUCCAGACCCCUCUAAAAAGACAAACUAAGAUAAUUAUCAGAGGCACUCUCGUUUCAUAGUUUGUAAUGGAGUAGUUAGUCUUUUUGCAACUGUAGUGUGCCACAGAAGAACUGGUUUAUCUGUAAAGAACUUGACACUUGAAGCCAAAAUAGUUUAUUUUUGGUUCAUUGUUUACACUAAAAUGUUGUUUGGUUUUGUUAUAUUAAUGACUGAAAGACUAUAAUCAGACUUUUAGGGAAAAUGGGUAGUUUAUUCAAGGGCGGCCUGCUGAUGGUAAUAGAAUGAUGUACAUAACCAUAAACAGGGGAUGUCCCCGAUCCGAUCGUGUGAUGAAAUCGGUCCAUUCGCGCCAUUUUUCAGAGGGUCGGAAUAUAGUGAAAAUGAUUUUUUUCCCCAUCUUUUUAAAGGCUAAAAAGUAAACAAAAUUAUCUAGAAAUACAAUGGUAUUGCCAAAAGAAACUAAAAAUAUAUACAUUUUAUACCUCGCAACACUCCCGGAAAAAGUGGAAGAGGAAGUACUGUAAAGCGCACGGUACUGUAACAUGUUUAGAACUUUCGUAGAAAUUAAAAAGAAAAAUCUUCGUUAAGAUUUUGCCCUUGUGUGUCUGAUCAUUGUGAUUAUCCAUGAUUUCACCUGUUUUUGCCUGCUCCUUGUGUCUUGACCAAUCCGCUCCCUCUUGUGUCAACCACCUGUGUCUCAUUGUCUCGUUACCCCUUGUCUGUAUUUAACAUCCCCAUGUGCUAUCUGUU